CAGAAGCACGGUGCAGUCCUUGGCUCUCUGUUCAGGCUGUAGUUGAUAUCAAGCUCUAAAUCAGGAAAAGGAUCAUAGCAGUGUGAGUUAAAGUUAAAAGGGAUGGCCUUGGCCCAUAUCACGGAGGAUGACUUUACCGAACUGUUGCGUGAGGAGGCGGAGGAUGUCUUCACUGAUGGAGUUUCCUCCCGCUUCCCAGAGAUUAUGGCAGCUGGUACACACUCUCCUGGAGGACCCAGUGGGAUUAUCCGGAGUCAGUCGUUCGCUGGCUUCAGCACGCUCCAGGAAAGACGCUCACGGUGUAACUCAUUCAUAGGGAACGGAGCAGCACAGAAGAAGUCGCUUACAAAGCCCAAGAAGCCCCAUCUGUGUGGGCACAAAUCCAGCGGCAGCAGCGGCAGCAGCAGCUCACAUGAACCGCAGCCGAAGAGAGUAGAGGAGGUGUAUGGAGCGCUGAAACAGGGUCUGGAUGAGUAUUUGGAAGUGCAUCAAGCGGAGCUGGAGAAGCUUACCUCUCUCAUGAAGGACAUGAAGAGGAACUCCAGACUGGGAGUGCUGUAUGAUCUUGACAAGCAAAUUAAGUCAAUUGAGAGAUAUAUACGACGCCUGGAGUUUCACAUAAGUAAGGUGGACGAGUUGUAUGAGGGCUUCUGUAUUCAAAGGAGACUACGAGAUGGUGCCAGUAAAAUGAAGCAAGCCUUUACUGCUUCGCCUUCUACUAAAGGAACACGAGAGAGUCUGACUGAGGUCAACCGUCGCUACAAGGAAUACACAGAGAACAUGGGAACUUUUGAGGGAGAGCUGGAAAACCUGUUAGGAGAAUUCCACAUCAAAAUGAAAGGUUUGGCUGGAUUUGCGAGGCUUUGUCCAGGUGAUCAGUACGAAAUUUUCAUGCGGUACGGACGGCAGCGCUGGAAGCUAAAAGGAAAAAUUGAGGCAAACUCCAGGCAGAGUUGGGAUGGAGAGGAGAUGGUCUUUAUGCCUCUAAUCACAGAUCUGAUCUCCAUAAAGGUCACUGAGCUGAAAGGACUUGCCACGCAUGUCCUGGUGGGCAGUGUGAUCUGUGAGACCAAGGAUCUGUUUACCGCCAUGCCUCAGGUGGUGGCUGUGGACGUCAAUGACCUGGGCACAAUCAAACUCAAUUUGGAAGUCACCUGGUUUCCAUUUGAUGUGGAGGACCUGACCCUGUCCUCGGGUAACGUGAGCAAAGCUACUGCUCUGCAAAGACGAGUGUCUGUGUACAGCCAGGGCACGCCUGAGACCCCUAUCUUCCAGGACACGACAUUCUUUUCCACAUUGGCCGAUGACGUAUUCGAAAAUGGUGGCUGCGGUGUAGCCGAAUGCAAACGUCUAUCGUUUACCUUCACCGAUACACCAGCCUCAAGCCCAGCUCAGAGCCAGUCGCAUCCUGAGAUCACUGUAACACCUCCUGAAAGUGACCAAACACCUCAGCUUCCUGCCUCGAACGUUAAGCCUGGUGACGAGGAGGAUGGUGAGGAGGAGGAAGAGAGCGCUAGUGUAAGUGCCAGCCUCGCGAGUGCCAGUGAGGCAGAAUCGGAGCGCGAGUGGGAGCGUGUAGAGUGUCAGCACGGGUAUGAAUCCACAGCACCCUCGCUCUGUUCAGAAGGCCAGAUCUCAGCUGUGGGGCCUGAGGAUGUGGUGUUCCUGGAAUCUGGCAGCCAUGAUGACAAUUCAGAGCUGAAGCCAGUGGAGCUGGAUGGGGAGGAGGGCAGUCUGACCAGGCAGCUGGUGAAGAGGCUCACUUCUUCUGAUAUCCUGCCUGAACCAGCUGUUCUGAGCUGGGCUGGAGAGAGCAGCCUGGAGGAGGCCAUCCACAGUCUGCUGAUGAAGCUGGAGAGCAUGCCCCAGCACUGCCGAGAGCUUCAGGACCUCGAGCAGGAAGUGAUGAAACUGGAAGACCUACUCAAGUGCCGAGGUCCCGCUCACAGGAGUCGCUCCUCCAGUCUCAGCCUCACCGUGGAGAGUGCUUUAGAAAGUUUUGACUUCCUCAACACAUCAGACUUCGAUGAUGAAGAUACUGGGGAUGACAACAUUGCUGUCUCACGUGCUGUAUUCUUCGACAUGGAGAAUGAGAGGAUGGGGGCAAGUCGGCAUCCCGAGGCGCGAGGUCAUCUCAGUGAAGCCCUGACGGAGGACACAGGUGUGGGUAACAGUGUAGCGGGGAGCCCCCUGCCACUCAGCACAGGCAAUGAGAGUCUGGAUAUGGCCAUCGUCAUUCAUUUGCAGUACUGCAACCAUCUCAUUCAGAUGCUAACUUCAGGAGGAAGCACAUGGCAGCAUAAGCUCUAUUUGCAGAAACUCUCCGUCCAAAUCGAGUUGCUGGAAGAGUUAACAGAGAACAGCAUAGAGUGGCUGGGAAGCAUCAGCUCAGCAGCUGAGGUGCUUCCUGGACUGGCGGAGCGGUCAGCAUUGCUGUCCCUGUGGUGCGAGUUUACUGGGUCCGCAUGCUUGUUUCACAGCACAGUGGAGCGAGUCCUCAAACACAUGCAGCAACACUUUACUGCACCACUGCAGGAGACUUACCCUCACAACAGCACAGACUCGGUGAUUAGGCUGGUGGUGACCGAGAUGAUGGACAGAAGUGAGCUCUUCUCCACGCCUGCCUUUCUAUCACAGGAUGUUUUGACAGUGUUUCAGUUUUACAGCUACGCCGCCAAGCACAAUGUCACGGACAUGCGGGAACACCUGCUGGAGGUGGCGAGAGAGGCUACAUUUGCGGAGCAUCUGAGCACUGCUGAUGCCAAGUGCUCUGUGAAGGAGUUGCAGGAAAUGUCCAUCACAGCCCUCCAGCCCCGAACACACACACUACGUGUUCUGGCUGGCCUCCUGACCUCUGAUGACCCUGACCUUAGUAAAGCUGCCUUUGCUUUUCUCUCCAAAGCUGCCUCACAUCCUCUUUUUAGGUCAAAGGCAGUGCAUUACUACACACAGGCCUUAUCAGAAGCAGGCAUACAUGCACAGAGAGCCGCUUGUGCUGCCCUAAGCUGUCUGCAGGCUGUGGAAAGCAUCAGAGCAGUCGUGGCGCUGUGCGACUCCGCCGAUGAGGAGCUACGCCACAUUGCCAUGCAGAGCCUCCUCACAUUCGGUGAGGAGGGUCGACUGGCAUACGAGCAGUUGGACACAGUGCCAAGGGAGAUGGUGCGACUUGGUACGCGUCGCGGCACUGCCGUCACCACUGCCUUCUAAGAUCAGCAAGUUUAAAAGCCCACAGUACCGUUCCUGUGUCCAACUGUGGGUGUGUCUAGGCAUUAAGUACUUGAGGCACUGUUCCUCACAAAGACACUCCGUAUCAGGGCUUGAUGCACAAAUCAGUUCUAGCAGUAGUUCUCACUUUUGAUGAUCACUCACAUCCUGAUUAAUAGUUUUUUCUGACGACCAUUUACUCCUUGGUUGGUACUAGGUGAGGUUUCUGAAUUUGCACUUGUCAGAGGCAUGUAUUUUAAGCGCAUUAUUGUUGUAUCGUGUGGCGAAUCGUACCCGAACUACCUGAGACUCGUGCUCUUCAGCUUCAGGGAUUCUGAGGGACAUGUUUUUAUCUAACCCUCGUCAUUACUCAGUGUAUAAUAUGCGAGUUAAAAAAGUCCUAACUGUGGGCAUCACUGGACAGAGUCGUGUAGCUCUACACCAUGUUGAUGCUAAUAACAGAAGAUCAUAUCUGUUUAUCCAGACCUCUCAUAAGGUUUACUUUACUUUGCAGUGCCACCAGUUAGCGUCACACAAAGCUGUCUCGUUUGGAAUAAUGAGCAGUGGAAUGGUGACAAACAUGGUGGUCUGCUACUAGUGACUGAAGAGACAAGCUUCUUCAGUAUUAUCCUACAGAUUAAGUAUUGCAUAAUUAUGGGAUGAAUGCUUUUGGUGAAUGGCAGAACAGAUAGCUGUGUGCAUGUGUGCGUGUGUGUAUGUUAAAAUGCACUUUUUGGUAUCUCAAGAAGUCUUAAUGGAUUUACUGUGAAUUUGGUGUUAAGCUUCAAUGAAGACUAAAACUAUAGCGCUCUGUGAUCCAACUCGCUUCUGUGCCUAGUGUAACUGUACUACUGAGUCGCAUUUUUAACUGUGACAACUCAUCUUUUCAUGCCUUUAUUUAUUUUUUUAAAACGUACAUCCAUGUGUUUUUUUUUUCUUUUUAAUCAUAAAAUUGCAUUGUAUCUGCAAUAUACUAAACAUAAGUAUUUUAUUUUAUUUCGUAUUUUGUGAUUAUUCCUCGCAACCACACACACUGUCACAUUUUGAUGUUAUUACUGUAAACUUUUAGGUUGUUUUAUUGAUCACUUGAUAUCUUACUAUAGUACUUAAUGUGCUUAGUAAGCACUGAAAAAGGUUUUUUAGUGUUUAUAGUAUAGCCUGUUUUGUCAUGUCACUUAUUUCACAAAUUUCUAGCCAUAAUUCACACAGGAACAUCACAGGUUUAUUAUUUCUAUCUUAUCACAGAGCUUUGGAAAGUUGGCAUUUUUAUUUUUUUGGUUUAUUGUAUUAACUUUUAAUUUUUUUAUUUAAUUUUUUUGCACCCUGAGUUCCUCAUUUUCACAGUAUUUCUGGACUUGGCCAUUGAGGAAUUAAUUUAACACCAGUUUUUUGUUUGUUUUUUUAACAUAUACUUUGUGAGUUGUGUAAUGAACAUUAGUGUUUUUUAUUCAAAUCCAGGCUUGUGUGCACAAAAUCAUUUUUACAUUUUCACUAACAAACUCUGAAGAUCCUGUUAAAUAUUUUAGUAUUAUUUUUCUUAACUGGUUUGAGAUUAAAGCAUUUGAGUUAGCAGGGUAGGGGUGCUGCAUGAAUAGCUUUAGCACAACUUGGAAUUUAAUGAAUGCAGUACUCUGGCUCUCAAACCUGCUGUAUAAUAUUUCCAUUCAGUUUAUUAUUCUUUGUGUUUAUAAUAUUCCUGUCUGUUGCAAUAAAGUUUAUUUUUUGAUAAUGUUAUUUACCAAAAGUU